CAGCGGCAGCGGGCGGAGAUCUAUGCCCUGAACCGGGUGAUGACGGAGCUGGAGCAGCAGCAGUUCGACUCCUUCUGCAAGCAGAUGCAGGGAUCCGGGGAAUGACAGCCCGGCCCCUGCCCUGCCCCCCCUUUUCUAACCCCCCCGGUAUUUAUUAUCAAAUCGCCCUUUUUGUAUCAAUAAACUCUGUGCUGGUUCUGUGUC